AUGAACGCGAGUCGACUGGCAAUCGAUCCGCUCUGGCAAUGCAUCUGUCCCUCAUGGACCACCAGCACGUCGCGAGCGGCUGCGCGCCUUGUCACCCGCCCACGACGUCCGACUUUCCAAUGCCUUCAAGCCCCCCGUUCUGCGCGGCGGAAGACCGAUGCCGAAAUACAGCGCUACCAGAACAUAGGAGCGUCCACUCCCGACCGAUAUGUGCCUGUACUAAACCCUAUCGCUACUUCGGCUCCUGAGCGACUUACGGAAGAGCAUCAUCCAAGGAAGCAGAAAUCGAAGACGAGGAAAGCCGAGGAGCAGCUGUCAGAAACGAGCAUAGACUGGCGCAACGAGUCCACCCUGGCUAUCUACGACCACAUGCGUGGCAUAGCUAUUGAUGGCAACGUCAAGCUAUGUCGAUACCUGGCAACGAUAUUGGUGAGAGAACGAAGGGAGCCGCCGAAUAUACAGCUGUACAACAUGUUGAUACUGAGCAACGUCGGGCACGAGGAUGGCAUGGGCUUCAGGGUUGGAGAGUUGAUAGCAGACAUGGAGAAGGAUGGCAUACAGCCGGAUAGUGGGACGUGCCAUGCUGGGUUGAAAGUGCUGGCGGUGCAUCCGGAUCAUAUCACCAGGGCAGAUAUACUGGAGUAUAUGACGAAGAACUGGAUCCAAUUGUCGGAGGAUGGGGCGCAUGAUGUCGCGGCGGGGCUGUUUAGGGAAGGAUUGUUCGAGCAGGCGUUGUUGAGGCUGGACAUGAUGCGAGCGGAUGAGAUGCUGAUCUCGCCCUGGUUGCUGGACAUGGCUGUCUACAUUCUCUGCGAGGCGAACGAGGUCCAGGAGGCUUAUCGCAUCAUGCGACAGCGGGUAGAUUCUUCCGAAAUCAACAUCAGUCGGAGCCUGUGGAUGUUCUUUCUGGAUAAGGCGAGCGAGAACCGCCACCAUCCCGGUACCGCUCUAGCUUGGAAGGCGCAGGUCGAACAGCACUUUAUCAACCCAGCAUCAGGCAUUUGUCUCAACGUCCUUGCUACGUCAGCCCAAGCAGCGGACGCAGAGAUGGCCACAGAUGUCUUCACGCAUCUCAGCAAACGCAGCGCCACUUUUCAGCCCAUCCACUACGAGCUACUCAUCAGCACAUACCUCGCUACCGACCCGCCUGACCUUCCUCGCGCUCUGACUAUCCUCACAAUCAUGGCUCUUGAGAAGGUCGAGCCCACCCCAUCCGAGACCCGAGCACUCUUCCUAUACAUGCGCGACAAACCUCACACUCCCCCGGAAGCCAUCACCGUCUUCCGCGAGCUUCACCGGCAAGGUCGCAAAAUCCCUAUCGCAGCCCUCAACGUCAUCAUUGAAAGCUACGUGGAGCAGGGCAAUCUCGCCGACGCCAUGAAACUCUACAAACAGAUCCACACCUUCGCUCCCUUGUCAGGAGGCGCACAAAAGUCCUUCGCGAACAUCGAGACCUUCAAUCUGCUUCUCAAAGGCUGCAGGAACGCCGAGCCGCCGGACGAACAACAAGCCUCCUUCCUCGUGUCCGAGCUGCUUGCCCUGCGAGUCCCGCCCACAGCUCUAACCUACGACCGCCUCAUCCUCCUCUUCAUGCGCGCCGGCCUGCACCACCUCCGAACCGCCGCCGAAACAGAACCCCCCGACCGCUCGUCCAAACUCCGCGCCCGCGGCCUCGAACUCCUAGAAUGGUCCUACCGCCAUUUCACAGAAAUGCGUCCGUUGGGCUGGCUACCGCGUUUCGGCACGCUGGAAAAUUUGUCCGUGGCCCUGGCGGGCGUGGGGGAUUGGCGGUGCUGGGAUGUGCUGCAGGUUGCGGAGGAUGAGGGGGAGAAGAUUAAUGGGUGGGAGGAAAAGGGCGGGGCGGUGAGGAGGAAUGUUGAGGGGGCUUGGGCGGAGGCGCAGGGGAAGGGGGAGAGUGGGGAUAAGAGUGAGGAAGUUGAGGAGGGAGUGUACGGGGUAGGGAGGCUGGGUGAAAGGGCGGCUGCUGCUGCGUGA